AUAUAAAUAAAUAAAUAAGAUGCUAAAACAAGUGUUAACAUUAGCAAAACAUACAAUUGUCAAUAAUACAAUUAAACAAUCUUUAUCAUGUCAAUUACAACAACAAAAUUAUUUAGUAAAUGUUAGAAAAUUUUCUCUAACCUCUCUUCAUCUUAAAGAAGAUAAAAGAGCAUUAAUAAAAGCUCAGCCAAAAAAAGAUGAUGGAACUGAUGGAGAAAGAGUCAUUGAUAUUGACAGCAUCUUGACACAAGAUGGUAUUUUUCCUGAUGAGCAUACACCAAACAAGCUAUUCAAUGGUAUACCAUUCAAAGAUAUUCCAAUUAUCAAUAUUAAAUGCACUAAAAACAACACAUUAAUGUCUGUUAAUCUUGCAUCAGGUCUUGCAAAAGUAUUUAAUAGUUGUGGAUGUGAAGGAUAUAAACAUGCAAGAAAAGGAACAAAUAUUGCUGCACAAGCAACUGCAAUUAGUUUGAGUCACAAAGCAUUGGAUCAAGGAUUUAAAACUGUCAGAGUUCGUGUGAGAGGUAUUGGUCCUGGUCGUGCUGCUGCAUUGAAAGGACUUCAAAUGGGAGGCAUGGAUAUAAUAUCAGUUACAGAUAGUACUAGAGUUACAUGGACACCACUUCGACCAAGAAAAGCAAGAAGAGUUUAAAUAUUUGAUUAGAUGAUUUUAAACAAUGUAAAUAGGUGAUUCAAUGAACGAUAUGAAUUUAUUAUUAAAAAAAAAAAAAAAACAUUUAUUUCGUAUUAUGGAUUAUC